UUCCUAGCUCAGACCAUUAAUAUAUAUAUAUGGCGCCUGCGUUCUUGGUUUUACUGCUGCUAUUUGCCCCUGUCGCCGUCAGUCAGCAAGAUUUCUUGAGCAUCGACUGCGGCCUGGACACCAACUACAGCUACACGGACACGAUCACCGGCAUCGACUACGUCCCCGACGGCUCCUACGUGGACGCCGGCGAGAACCACAGGGUAGCGGCGGAAUACGAGUGGUAUUUCGCCCGCCAUCAAACGCUGAGGAGCUUCCCGUCCGGCGAGCGGAACUGCUACGCGCUGCCCACCGUGGCCGGGACGAAGUACCUGGUGCGGGCCAUCUUGGCGUACGGCAACUACGACGGCAAGAACAGCUCGUCGCUGGAGUUCGACCUGCACCUGGGGGCCAACUACUGGACGACCGUCUACCCGGACGCGACGAGCAGCUACGUGUUCGAGGCCAUCUUCGUGGCGUGGGCGGGGUGGGCGCCGGUGUGCCUGGUCAACACCGGCCGCGGCACGCCGUUCGUGUCCGUCCUAGAGCUCAGGAAACUCGGCUACGGGCUCUAUCCGCAGCUGGCACCACAACUCAUCCUGUCUCUCUACAGACGGCGAAACAUGGGGGGAAACGUUUCAGCUAUACGGUAA